AUGCGUGCCUCUGAAAGCUAUGCCUCUGUACAGCUUUCAAGAUCCAUGUCUUCCGGGACUUCAGCUGAUGCACGUAAUAAGAUUAUUCAUGGUGAGCAUUCAUUCAUUGACAAAAUAUUCUCUGUUUUUGAUGAAAUGCUGAAAGUUGGUACUGUUCCCGUGUUCUUGGAACAGGUCACGUUAGUAAUCAUCAUGCUUCAAAUUUUUUCUUUUUCUCUCUGGCCUGCUUUCACCUUUCUUCAAUUAACAAAUUCUUGGGAUGACGUCAUUUGCUUAUGGAUUUUUAGAGUCACAUUUAUCAGUAAAGUAUCAAAAGCCAAAGAAGCUCUCCAGAUUUCUCUUAUAAUCUUUUCUGUUCUUGUUUUAUUGUUAGUUGGAUCAAUUGGCUUACAAUUAGUAGUGUACUAUCAUACCAGAAGAUUUUUCAAAUGGGCCUUAUCACUUUCAAGAACAUGUUUUGAUAUAAUUCCUAUUCUUCUACUAAUGCCAAUUUCAUUAUUCCUCGGCGGAUGUUUGAAAUACACAAUUAAAGAAACAAAGACAUACCAUGUUGUAUUCCUAGUUGUUUCAACUAUAUAUUACUUCUUUCUUAUCUUUGUUUCAUAUUUACAAUCUUAUUUCUCAGCCACGUUGCCAUACAUCCCACCAUCGCUUCUCACAUGUUGGAGUGGCUCAACACAUUUCAUGUUGACUCUUGUUCCAAGUGUCUUUUUGAUUAUUUCUUAUAUCAUUGAUUUCUUCCCGAAAUACUUCAUGACAAUAUUAAUUGUACUCUCUAUGGUAUUCAAUAUCUAUAUGGUUAUUCGCCUGUUCCAUUUCCCGUUCUCUCAUAUCCACAUGAACGCAAUUUUCGCAUCUCUUUACAUUGCCAUCAACAUUCCAACUAUCCUCAAACUCUGCUACCAGUACGGCAUCCAAAUCAGAUACUACGUAAUCCUAAGUGUCUCAAUUGGCUCCGUUAUUAUCAUUACUCUCGUUUUGAACUACAUUUUCAAGAAAAGGAUCAAAAACAUCAGUUACAAACUCUCAUUCCAGGCGUUAGACGAUAUGGGUGAAAUAGACACUACAAUUCCUUAUAACAGAGUUGACAGUAAUUUGGUCGUUUUAAGGGAUGACAAGAUGAGAGUUCACUUCCAUAAGCUUGGAUUAGACCGUUCUGCCAUGAAAUGCGAGACAUAUUUGAGAGUUGGCAUCGCAAAUCGUUGUCAAUUAUUCUUGAACUGGAGUUUGUCGAAAUUUACAGGCGAAUUCCACAAAACACCACAUAUGGUGUCACUUAUCACUCAAAUGUUGUCUUUCUUCCCUUGCGAAUCAAGAUUAUUAUCUACAUUCUUUAAUAUUGCUUGUUCCAUGGAUCUUUCCCUGGCAGAAAGGUUCCUUAUGUUCCAAAUCAACAAUAUCAAGGCCUUGCGUCAGAGUUCUGCCAACUCUGAAAUCGCCGAAAGUAUUACGCACCUCAGUAACAAGUCAAAUACAGUUAUUGAUGAUGCGAAGAAGUUUUGGAUCACGUUACCAGAUGAUUUGAGCUUUUUCUUUAAUAUACAGAAGAGAACAAAGAACAUCAGAGAUUUAUAUGCAGAAGCAAUGGAAAGAUGGCCAAAUAACGUAAGGAUCUGUGAGAACUAUUCCCAUUUCUUGAUCGAGGGCGCCAUGGAUUAUAAGGAAGGCGUUAAAAUCAAGCACAGAGCCGAAUUAAUUGAACAAGGAAAGAACUUUGCCAUUGACAAUUCCUUCAGAUCUUUAAUCAGAGCAUAUCCAGAAUACCUCAAGAAGAAUGUUAUGAGUGUAAAAGGCGAUUUCAUCCAAGAAAGUACCGACCCAGACAAAUCUUCCAGUACGACUAACUCCGGAUCCCGUGGAAGGAUGACAGAUAUGUCUUCUGGAACUAUCGAUGGCGUCUUGGACCAUGAAAUCGAAGAAUCUUUGGCUCGUAAUUUAUUUACAUAUUACAGGCUCCGACUCGAAUUCCAGAAUAGCAUACAGACCAGGAAACUCAAAUAUAACAAACAUCUACAUGUAUCUAUUCUCUGGAAUCUCUUUUUAGUCACUUUUAUUUCUGUAUUUUAUUUCAUUUUCUACUUCAAUAAGUUUGACAGGCGCUAUGAUUCCAUUCACAGACUCAUCAGCCUCAACACGAUCAAAUAUAACUUCGAUUCAACCCUCGCUUCUUCUGUCUUCACAUUAUUCAAAGAGAUCGGCCAAAUUCCGAACGAUAUGUACGACCAAAUAAAGGCUAUUCAGGGUCUGCCAACCGAAAUCAACCUUGCCCAAAGAGAUUCAGAAGUUGCAAGAUAUUCCGACGGUUGUACGGACAAUCUCACCGGAUCAAUGCAAGAUAUCAUGGAAAUGGCACAGCAGAACCUUGAUAUUACUGCUUACCGUGAAAUGAUCUCUGAUUUGGUCCCAGCACACGUUUGCAAAUUAUAUGAUAUGUACAAUGACACCAAAAACGAGUCACUUAAGGACAUUUACAUCAGGAUUCUCACAUCCCUUCGUGAAAUGCAUGCAGAUGACAACACUGUCCCUGUUGACCAAGAUUCAAGACCAUGCGAAGUACUUUCUAACGCACACGAACAAGCUGUUGCAUUUCUCAAUAUGGGUACAAGAGUUUUAGGCCUUAUCCAUGGUUUAGAACUCGAAGACAACAAAUUGAAUUUAUUAAUGAUGACAAUUGUCCCUUCAGCUUACUUUUUAUUAGCUGUUCCUAUUCUUUAUAUCUAUUUGUUCCUUAAUAUCAAAGAACUGAAGUAUAUUCAUAGUUUAUUACGUAAUUUGAACCAACAAAUCAGAGAAGUUGCUUCAAAGUCAUUAACAAGAUCAGAAGAUGAAGAUAACAUGAUCAAAGAGACAAUGAAAUCACAUACAAUUAAGAUUUAUAUUCUUUAUUUAGUUUGUGCUUUACCAAUUAUUUCUGCUUUGUUAUUUAUUUUUGUUCCUGCACUUUGCCAAUCAAAGAAUGCAGCAUUCAAGGAAUAUAACUAUUGGGCAUAUUAUUCUAUCACAAGAUCAUAUAAUUCUCUUCAAGCUGUUGUAUUUUCUACAUUAGUUAUUGGUAUGAGACAUGGAUUUCCUGAGAUGGCCAUGGGAAGUGAUUUCUUCUUAUACAUGGCAAAUAGAUUCAUGACUGCUGUUACAAGAGAUAAUAACUAUCUCCUUAGAGGCAGCAACAAUUCAAGAGGUUGUGUUGGUAUUUCUGAAAAACUUGAUGAAUAUAAUAUUAAAGAAACAUGUAUCGAAGAUGGUUUCGAAGGCAAAGAUCACAAUGAUUACAAAUGCUAUUCAUUGGAUGGCGCAAUCACUAAACUCUAUGCAUAUUUGAAUCUCGCAAACAGUGCUCCAAACGCAACAAUCUUUGAAAGAGAUGGAGCAAUUGCUAAUGCAUUUCAUAUUGUUAAUUCUCAUAUUGUUGAUAGAGUAUGGAAGUCUACGAAUGAAAUCUAUAAAAUUGCAAGAUUAACAAUUAAAGAUUUCAGAGUACAUAUUGCAUUGAUUUGCAUUUCAACGUUUGUUAUUGCUGUUAUUAUAACAAUUGUUAUGUGGAGAGUUUUCGAUGAAAUAGAUAUUUCUUAUAGAGGCUGCAUCCAAGUUUUGUUGAGAAUUCCGCCACUUGGAUUGUCAUCAUCACAGACAUUGAUGAACUAUAUAACACAUAAGGAUUCUCAGAAGAAGACUGAAACUAUGGCUCCUGCAAAAUCAGUUGUUUAUUCAUCUCCUGACUCUGUAAUUUUCGUCAACAAGAAUUUGAAUAUCGAUUGGAUAAACAACGCAACAACUUCUUUGUUUGGUUACACACCAGACCAAUUACUCGGCCAGCCAUUGCAUACUGUGUUGACUGAAUCCCUUAAUGAAGAACUCUACAAGCAAAUUGAAAUGAUGAAGAACGGCCAAUGCGCUUUGACAUACGAGAAAUCAUUGAGGGGAUUGACAGAUGACGAACAGUGUUUGCCAGUGCAUGCAACAUUGAUUGGAAUAAGUGAUAGCGGAUCUUCAACACCAAAGGCUUUCGUGGUUAUCAUGAGAGAUGAAACUGAACUUAUCAAUCAAAGAAAAUCAGCGGAACAAGCGAAAGCACAAUCAGAAAAAUUGCUUUUCCAGAUUCUUCCAAGAGAUAUUGUUACAAGACUCAACUCUGGAGAAACAGACAUCAAUUUCACUGUUCCAUCCGCUACAAUCAUUUUCAUUGAUAUUGUUAAGUUCAGCAACUACGCGGCUACUUUAUCUCCCGCACAAAUUAUGGAUCAUCUCUCCAUAAUUUUCGCAAAAUUUGACACUUUAGUUGCCAAAUAUAAUUUGAUCACAAAGAUCAAAUUAAUCGGUGAUGUUUACAUGGCUGCUGCUGGUCUGUUCGGAACAGACAUUGCUCCUGAGAAACACGCAUCUCAGAUGGUUAAUUUCGCUUUGGAAUCAUUGACAGCUUUGGAUGAAGCAAAUAACAUGUUCAAUUCUAAUUUGAUGACAAGAAUUGGUAUUAAUACUAAUGGUCCUCUGAUUGCUGGUGUUCUCGGAACAGAUAAACCAGUCUUCGAUAUCAUUGGUGAUCCAAUCAAUGUCGCAUCUCGUUUGCAAUCAACAGGUAUUCCAGGAACAGUUCAGAUAUCUGAAGAAACAUACAAAUUGAUUGUAAACAUGAAUUACAACAUCGAAAGAAGAGGUGAAAUUGAACUCAAAGGAAAAGGAAAGAAGAUGGCUUACAUCGUAAGACCUUUGGCACUCAGUAGCUUCUUCAAUGUCCUUCCUGAAAUAACUGAUCCAGGAACAAAUAUCCAACCAGUAGAUGAAUAA